AGAGGGACUGGUGACAAUUUAGAGAAUCCGCCAUUUUCAAAAUGGUCGCACUCUUAAGAAAUAAGUAAUGUUUUUUUUAAGUUUUAUCUUUUCAAAAGACUCUUAAAUUGAUGAUACUGGCUCAAUAUCACUAAAUGAUGAGCAUCUGUUUUUAUUCAAAUAAUGUCUUAUUGCUAGGUCUCAAAGACCCAAAUAAUUCCGUGUAUUCACGUUACGAAGCAAGGCCAAGCCGAAAGGAUGAGUUGUUUUCGGGGGAAACUCUUGGAAUACCCUCAAGUCUCCAUCGACUGUUUUGAUAAUGAAAACCUUGAUUCCUACGCAUACUUCUUAUCACAUUGCCAUAGAGAUCACAUGCAAGGCCUAGACUCUGCCACUUUUUCAGAUGCCAUCAAGUCAAAAAAACAAAGAAUAUUCUGCUCAGAGACCACUAGAAAUUUACUUCUUUGUGAUGCAUCCUUUUCUCACUUGGAGGAGUACUUGACUGGCAUUCCAUUAGACCAGCCUUUUGUAGUGACCCCUUAUGAUAAAGAAACUAACAAGGAGGAGGUGAUCACAGUUACACUUUUUUCUGCUGGCCACUGCGUUGGGUCAGUCAUGUUCCUGUUUGAGGGUUUGAAGGGUAAUGUGCUAUACACAGGAGACUUCAGGUUGGCUACAGGUGAUACCAAGCGCAUAACAGUACUUCACUGCAAUGGCAGAGUGAAAGACAUUAGAAGUGUCUACAUUGAUACAACGUUCUGCCUGCCCAAAAUGAUGUCCAUCCCUAGUAGAAAGGAGACAAAUGAUGCAAUUUUCAAAGUGAUUGACAGAUGGUUCAGCCAGGGAGCAGAACAUGUUGUUAGUCUGCAAUGCAAGUCAAAGUAUGGGUACGAGUAUAUGCUCAAGUCAAUUGCCAUAUACUACAAGAUUAAGAUACAUGUUAGUGAUGAGAGGCUAGAGAUGUACCGUUAUUUAUCCGAUAUGAUUCAACACUUUACUACAGAUGCAAGCAAGACAAGAAUCCAUGCAUGCCACUGGAAGAAUUCAGAUUCAUCAACACUACCAUGUGGGCUUGUGCUGCCGAAUGGGCUAGAGCCGAAAGUUCUACGAAUUCGGCCGUCUACUUUUUGGUUUGCACAGCGUCCCCAGCCUCUCCCUGCUGACAACAUCAAGUAUUGCAAAGAGCAGAAGAUGUGGCGUGUGGUCCACUCCAUGCAUGCCUCCAUGGAAGAGAUCCGUGACCUGGUUGGCUACCUCCGCCCGGAACACGUGCACCCAAACGUUGAGCCAGGAGGGUUGUACACCAUGGACGACGCCAAAAAAUGGCUUAGCGAUCUGACACGCGGCGAUCCCGGUGACGAGAAAGACAUCGAUGAUGCGUUUAGGACACUGUGUAGUGCAGGCAAAAAAAAGCGCUGCAAGAAAGCGCCAAGUGCGUCAGUCACUGAUUUCUUUAGAGAGCUCGGGCUGGAAGAUGAUGAUGUCCCUGUGGCUCCCCUUCCACCCAAACGGAGGAGAAGAACUAAAACACCUGAUGCAAACCCUGCCCGCCCUUCAGAAGGUAAGGAAACACGUGCUGGGAAGCCCGUCUCUUCUUUGGAAGGAAGGGAAACACCUUGCGCCAGUCCUUCACGCCUUGUAAAAGAAGAGAAGUCACCCUCCUGCUAUCCACCGGAAAAAGAGGGGAUCCAAGAUAUCUAUAAAGACGGUCAAGUCGAGAAAGACGACCAGAGAACGAUUAAUGAAGGAAAGUCAGACUCAGAGUCAGACUCUCCGGCGCAAGAGGAGAAUGAUGAUGAGAAAACUAAUAUACGUUUCGGGGAAGAGAGGAGGGAGUUAGCUUGUCCAGGUGGAGACAAAAUGGAAAGCACCGCUCAAGUAAUUGUGGAUUGUUUGAGUACAGUCAAAGUAACUAAUCUGUCUAGUGUACAAGAUGUAACAAGUCAUGAAAAACAAAGCAGUGGUGUCGUUGCUGCUGAAACCGCACCUCAAUACGGGGACUUAUUGAUGUCAGAUAGAGAGGAUAACCGCUCAGUAGCUGUAAAAACUGAUAAGGGAAACUAUAGAGAGGAGUCCAAACGUAUUUUAAGUGUGGCACAGGAAACUAGAGUACCGAGUAUAGAUAGUAUUGAACGUGUCGAGGAAGACUCAGCAUCAUACAGGGAGCAUGUCACAGAGAAAACUCCGCAGGUUUGCAUUGAGAGCGGUGAGGGCGACGCGGCACACAAAUCUGAGUCGGUGUAUGAGAGCAUCGAGGAUAAUUCCCAACAUAACAAUAGGCUAAGGUCAGUUCCUCGCCUGGGGAAUACCUUUGAGAGCGCGAGAAGAGAUAGACGUGAUGUUGGAGAGGGGGGUUGUCACAUUGCGGAGUCCUCAACAAUGCAUGCUGAGGAAUCCGAUGUGAAAGUCGGUCAAGGAAAUGAGCUCCCUGUUGUCGAGCACUUCUUGGGCGGCCGCAACUCUUGCAAAACGUCAUCGGUACAACUGACUGAUUCUAAACCACGUGGGAGUUCUGUAGCAAUAAUAAAUCAGCCGAUUAAGGUCCCUGAUGUCAAUGCUCCAGGGAUAGCCAUCGUUUGUCAAACGUCCUCGGGGCAUCAGACUGACUCUAAACCACGUGGGGAUGAUGUGUCACUACACAGACAGGGUGACCACCUUGCAGGGCUUGUUAGCGCAGGCGAGGUGCGAUCCCCGGGUUGUAGCCCUGAGGAUGUGCUUGCGGUUCCGGCCUCCCCUGGUUUAGUUCCUCCUAGCAGCGGGGCUCUGACUGAUUUAUAUCAAAGGCUUCAUGCUGGUGAAAAUAUUGCAGCAAAGUCCAUGUCUUUUCGGUAGUUUUUUUUUAUAUAAAGAAUUACACUCACCAUUUAGAAGAAAGAAAAAGAAAUUCUAUUAUAUUUUUAUCGAAAAAUAUCGAAUAAUAAUAAAAUCUUAAAUUCCAGUCCAAAAAUUCGCUCUUAUCAAUACAAAUCUUUAUACCAUAUUUUGUUGCUGCCUUUUUUUUCUCCAAAAAUGAUACAUCGAUCAAUUUAUCCACUGCCAUUUUUAUGCUCGCUACUCACCACUAUCGCUGGAUAAAUAGUGAGUCACGAACCAAUCAGGCUGCAUCAGACUCGUAGCCAGUCGUUAUUUGCUGUUGCGCGGUAACCCACAGGCACCCUGUAAAGCGGAGACAAAAAAAAUAUGAAUUCCGCACCCUGACCGUCAUACACAGUGCGAUUCUUCAACCUCCCGCCUGCAUCGCGCGCCGUCUGGGUACGAGACUGUAUGGCGAAUAUUCUUAGAUGGCCUUUUCCCAAAUACUGCAAAAAACGUCGAUUAUGUGACGUUUAUUUUAUCUUUUCCACUUUAUGCUAAACUGACAUGUUCGAAAAUAAAAAAUGUAAAAGAUUAAAA